CCCUUAUCUAUGUGUUUGACUUUACGUGAAUGAAGUUAUCUUAAGCAAAUAUAAAGGAUAUAUUUAUCUAUUUGCCUUUCCAAGUUUUCGCGACAGGUUUUUUAAUUGAUUUGACGUAAUAGUUUAUCUAUCGUCUUCUUAAUUAGAUACGUGUCACCAACGUAAUGUGCAUUUCGCAAUACUGAAAUAUUUCUCAUUCCAGUAUCGUGUUAAUACACUGUGACUGAAGGAUUCUGGGUGAUACAAAUUCAUUAUGGCAAAUUAUAGUAAGGUUGACCAUGUCAUAUUUGACCUGGACGGCCUUCUACUUGGUAAAUAAUAAAUUAGUCCAGUACUCAUUCAUCUUUUACAAGUAAUCUGCAUUGGACUUUUUUGUUCUUUUUAUGACAGGGACAGUCGAUUAUAUUAUCAAAAAUUAAAGUGUCUCAGAAUACGAGUAUGAAAUCAGUUUCGCUCAAAACUACUUUCAUAUUAGGUUUAAAAUCUUCAAAUUCUGUCGCAAAAAUAAAAAUGGGUGGUCUGCAUGUAACUUUGGAAUGGUUGAAAGGUUCUAGAAGCUAUUCUAAAUUUAUAAUAAAUGUACCAUGUGGUCCAUACAAUUUCCAAGCAAAUUUUCAAAAAUGCAGUACAACUUCUUCAAGUAGAUGAGAAGUACUUUUCUCGUAAAUAUCAGUAACUCUCCCGCUUCAUCCCUUCCAUUAAGAUUCACCUCACAAGUGCUGUCUCUGCAUGAUUGUGAUUUAAAAAUGGACAGAAGAAAUUUACGUGGAGAUGUUUUCAAUUAUUUGUGGUAAAUAUGGUAAGAGCUAUACAUUUGAUGUAAGAGAGAAAGUACUGGGAACAGUGGAAUCGGAUUCAUGUGCAAUUUUAGUUAAGGAAGUCAACCUCCCAAUGAGUCCUCAAGAACUUUUGAGUCAGCAACGCCUGCUGCAAAGAGAAAUGCUUCCAAAGACCAAGUUAAUGCCAGGAGCAGAACGCUUAGUGCGUCACUUGCAUCAACAUGGCAUUCCAAUUGCAGUUGCUACAAGCAGCUCUGAGGAAAGUGUUAACCUGAAGCUAACAAAUCACAAAGAACUGUUUUCUUUAUUUCAUCAUAUUGUAAUGGCGAGUAGUGAUCCAGAAGUGAAGAAGGGAAAACCAAGCCCUGAAAUCUUUCAAAUAUGUGCUUCAAGAUUCCCAGAUAAACCAAAACCAGACAAGGUACAUACAAUGAAUCCUCAGGUCACCAUGAUGUACAGAUCUGGUGGCCCCAGUAUGAUCCUUCUACAUGUAGGGCAUGAUUAUCCCAGUGAAUAUGCACACCAAGUGUUACUGCCCCGGAGCGAGUGCUCCUGUCAGCACAAUAACAAUCUUGAUCACUUCUGCUACAGAGUAAAAAAGGGUGGGCAGCUUUUUCUUUUGAGAGUUAUUUUGUGAAUUUGUCAGUGUCUAGACCAUGCAGUGUCAAACAGCAGGAUGAUGAAACAAGUGAUGAUGGCUUAGUCAAGGCAUUGUCCCAGAAUUUGCCUGGAGAGUCCGAAGAGAGCAACAGAAAAAAAUUGGUCAAUAUAACAGGUGUCCUGGCUGAGAUCUCGACCAAGCACCUGCUUAAUUAAUAUGAGUCGAGAGCGUUUGUUACCACUAUGCCAGUUCAUACAGCUGGACUGGUUCUGUGGCAGACAGUUUACUGUACAUAUUUCCCACACAAUGCAUAUUCAGACUGUUAUCAUAAUUAUUGCUGGAAUCAUUUAAAAUCUGAUACUGUACCCUAAUCCUUGAU